AUGAAAUCAGGUCUUGGGUUCGACGAUUUGGGAUUUGGGUUCACAAUUGGGAGCGAGGAGAACUCAGUAGCAGAACCUAAGCUGUGCAAUGGAUGCAUCGAGGGUUACCCAACUGAAAAAAUUCGUCGACCAGUGCAAGGCCGAUCCAUCUGUCCUCUUCGAUCCCUCCUCUCCUUUUUCCGUGAAUAUGUCCAAAUUCUUGGAGGGAAGAUUCCUAAUUCUGCGAACGAGGCGGGGAGUUACAAAGCGUCUCAUGCGAUGGAUGAGAGAGAUGAGGAUAUGGAAGACUUGGAGGAGAUUCACCCGAAGCAUGAAGAAGAAGAAGAAGAAGAAGAAGAAGAGCCUGAUAUAAUUGAGUCUGACAUUGAACUAGACGAGCCUGAUAAUGAACCUCCACAGAAGAUGGGAAAACCCAGCAUUGAAGUUAGUGAAGAAAACUGUGAUGCUUCUCAAGAGGCUAGAAUUCAGGCUAUGGAAGCAAUUUCUGAAGGUAAGUAUGAUGAAGCAAUCGAGCAUCUUACCAAAGCAAUUCUGCUUAACCCUACAUCUGUUAUUAUGUAUGCAACCCGAGCUACUGUGUACAUAAAAAUGAAGAAACCUAAUGCUGCUGUUCGAGAUGCCAAUGCUGCUCUUGAGAUCAAUCGAGAUUCUGCAGAAGGGUGCAAAUCCCGUGGCAUGGGGCGAGCAAUGCUUGGCCAGUGGGAAGAGGCUAUUAAGGAUCUUCACUUGGCUUCAAAGCUGGACUAUGAUGAGGAAAUUAAUGCUGUACUUAAAAAGUCAGUUGUUGAUGUGACAAAUUCUUGGCAAUAUGUUGAGCCCAAUGCACACAAAAUUGAGGAACACUGCCGCAUAUAUGACAGGCUGCACAAAGAGUCAGAAGACCAUAAGAUUGAGCUUGAGCGUCGUCGUCGCCGAGCUGAAGCUCAGGCUGCAUAUGAAAAGGCUAAGAAGCAAGAGCAGUCAUCAUCCAUCAGGCCUGGAGGUAUGCCAGGUGGCAUGCCUGGAGGUUUUCCUGGUGGCAUGCCUAGAGGUUUCCCUGGAAGCAUGCCUGGUGGUAUGCCUGGGACGGUAGAUUAUAGCAAAAUACUUAACGUAAGUAUGUUUCCUAUUUCCCUUUGUUAA